UCAGACCCCUUUGCUGAUGCAGCACGUGGGACAGAUGAGGGUGUCCAGGAUGGCCUUGUGCAUAUAAGAAUCCAGCAGCGCAAUGGCCGAAAGACGCUCACUACGGUGCAGGGUCUGUCUUCGGACUAUGAUCUGAAGAAGAUUGUGCGUGCUUGCAAAAAGGAAUUUGCAUGCAACGGCACAGUGGUAGAGCACCCUGAAUACGGAGAAGUGUUGCAACUACAGGGUGACCAGCGAGAAAAUAUUUGCCAAUUUUUGACGAAGGUGGGGCUGGUUAAGGCUGAGCAAAUAAAGGUGCACGGCUUCUAAUGCCCCACCAACACUUGCCACGACCCUGCUGUCCAGAGUCCUGGGCAUGCCACAAAUUUCCCAAAGUGUCACACAAGACUUAAUUCCCCUCUGCAACUACCACAACUCCUUCAUAACCAUGUGAUUUAAGUGUACAUCUGGUCCCAUGCCAUUGAGGUAGUAAUUUUAUAUUUUAAAUAUCAAGAUCCUUUCUAUGAUCCCAGCCGGAGCCAAGAGUUCCGGGUCUGGUGGAGAACUGUGCCAGGCACAUUAAUACUGCGUUAAUAAAGUCGCCGUGGGAGUGGCAGUGGAGGGGAGGGAUGCGGCCAGUGGCCGUAACCACGCCAACAACAGUAGUAUCCAGGUGCCAACAUGCCCCUGAGCAAUAAUAUCUAUAUUAUGAAAGAUUUUACAAGAUAUUCAUAACUUCUUGCCUCCCAAUAGGAAAUGUACACUUGUACAGAAUAUACUUGACACCUUUAAAACUAGGAUGUAUCUGGAUAAUUGUAUAGAUGUGUUUCGAGAAUGAUUGUUUGUGUUAGAGCGAGCGCAAGGUCUGCAUUGAUUUUCCAGGCUGUUAUUUUUCUACAUAAGGAUUAUUGAAAUUGGUUUUUAAUGUCUGUUUUAUGUUUGUUUGGUGUCUAGUGCAGCUUGUCAGUGAUGUAUAACUAUAUAGAAAUCUUAAAAUAAAAGGGGAAAAUCCA